GUGAGCCCAGGCAGGGAAGUGCUCCUGAUUUACCACAGCUUGGGGAAAGAGGGUCAGCCUGGCUGGAGACGGAGCAGCUGUGCCCUAGGAAGGAUGGGAAUGGUGCUGCGAGCAGCCGUGCUCCUGAGUUCCCUUCUCCACUGCAGCGCUUUCCUGGAGCUGAGUGGCCUCAGUGAGAUCAAAGGUGUCUGGAAGGAGUCUGUCACUCUGCCUUGUGCCUAUGUGCCUGUGGAGGACCUUGUGCAGCAAACUCUCACCUGGACUGUGGUACAUGACAAGGGUUCAGGCACCAUCUUUCGGAGGGAUAGCUCUGGUGACCACGUUCUCCUGUCUGAGUACAGGGACAGAGUCAGCAUUACAAAGGAUCACCCAGGAAAUGUGUCUCUCCUCAUCCUGAGCCUGGAGAUCUCUGACAGAGGAACCUACACUUGCCAGGUCACCUGGAGAGACAGCAACAACAGCCUGAUAGCAAAGGAGAUCACCACCAAUUUGGAGGUUGUUAAAGUGGCAGCCACCAAGCCCAUCAUCAGAGCUGGAGAGCCGGGGCUGACGCUGCCGGCCGGAGCCAGCACCAGCCUGACGUGCGAGGCCAGCGGGUCCCCUCCCAUCAGCUACCGCUGGUUCCGGAGCGCCCCGGCGGGCACAGCCGCGCUCCUGAGCAGAGGGGCUGAGCUGGCGUGGCCCAGCCUGCGGCCCUCGGACAGCGGCACGUACUUCUGCGAGGCGGAGAACAGGGUCGGGGCCGGCGCCGUGCAGCGCAGCGAUGCUGUGCAGCUCACGGUGACAGAUGUGCCCACAACAACAGCGGCCUCGCAGAGGAAUGUGGGAACCACGGGGAGACACCACUCAACCACAGAUCUGCCCAUAGCAGCAGCAACGACUUCUGAGAGUGGUGUGGGAUAUCCAGGGAAGAAUGAAACAAUUCAUGAUUUCCAGAGGACUGGCUUGUCCCUUUACCUGGUCAUCCUGAUUGCUGUGGUGUGUGGUGCUGUGGUUUUCCUUGUCAUCUCUCUCAUCAUUUGCAUUAGAAAGCCCAAAGACGCUCAAGUCUAUGAUGUAAAAUUCCAUAACUCAAGAGCAGCAGCUUCUUCAAGCACAGGUCACUAUGAGGAACCCAUCUCUUCCACUGAAAAUAACUAUGUGAUGGAGCUUGGGGAAAACAAAGUCUCUGAAGAAGUAAAUAAGAAUGUGUCUGACUGUGCUGCAAACCCCCAGGAAUCUGAGUAUGAAGUAGGGGACACUUCCUGAGAACCAGUGAUGCUCUGCAGAUACCAGUCCUGAGGAGCACCUUCACCCAGACAAAAUGCGUGUUUCUUUUCAUUUUUGCCCCUGACAAAUAGGUUGGACAAGCAGUGGUUGCUCUCCUUUCACAAUCCCUGCAGUGAAAAUUAAUAUCUUGUCAGGAACUUCAGUUACAGACUGCUAUACAGAACUUCUGAUUCUGUUUUCCUUGCUUCCCUCUCACCACCUCUAUCCAAGAAAGCCCUUUGAAAGCUGCAGCAUGCAGGUCCCGGGCUGGGAGCACUGUACUGAACUUACUUCUUUAUCUGGCCAAAAGGACCAGUGUUCCCAGCCUUUGUGUGGUGUGGUGUAAGGAGAGCCAGCACUGAGGGUUGCUCAGCAUCCACGUCCCUGUGGGUGAACAGGGAAGGAUGCAGCUGCCCUGGGAAUUGAUGGUUCUUCUCCUGCCUACCUGAAGCUGCACAGAUUUAACAUUAGAGACCUUCUAGAAACACUGAAAGGCAGAUUAAUGCCAAGAGGAACUCUGGAACCUGCCACACUGGGAGAAGCGGUGCAGGAAGCAGGAAUGUCCUGUGCAGUCCUUGUGCUGCCCUUGGUUUCCUUCCCCACACUGCAGUGAGGUUCUAGACACACUGUCCACAGCUCUGGGUGCUUCUGAUACUGCAGUCAGGCAUGCUCUUUCUGAGCUCACGUUCUUUGUUCUCUCUUUAAAUGCAUGAUGGGUAUUUGAAAGAAAUUAGAUACUUUUCCAGAAGUUUGGGGUAACAUUGCUUACAUGUGCCUCACAAAUUUUGCUGUGUGCAUUUCUGCACAAGUGGCUCAUUUUGCCACUCACAGCCCCUCACUAGAUACUCAAGAAGUGCUUUCCUCCCAGCUUAAAAGGCCUGAAGGGUAAGUUAUGAAUAAUUUCUACUGCCCUGAAUAAAUCUAUCAUGCAGAGUUGCAGAAGAACCUUUUUAUAACAGACAGGGUGAUCCUGUGUCCCAUUAAAAGCCAUGCAGACAGAUGUGAAAAGGGGGGAGUGACCUGAGGGAUGAGCAAGACACUGGUAACACAGGCACAGGAUUAAUGCACCACUUGCUGUGCUGCUCACACUCAGGACAGCUCUGCAUCUGCAGGUCUGUGAGCAUCAGUUCAAAACUCUCCAGACAUGACAGGGAGUGUGAGGUGCUAAUGGAAAGGUAUUCUGGUCAAAAAACAGGAUUGUGGUAGUGUAAAGGCCGUGGACUACCACUAUGCAUGUUGGCCUCAUCUUGGGUUUAGCAGAGCAAGAGAAGUUACUGAGAAAGACUGUGGAGAGCAAUAAUUGGUACAAAACUACAUCUGUGUGAACAGUCUCUUGGAAAAAAAGAAAGAAGAAACAAAUGAGCAAAGUGUGCCCAGGGGGGUCAGGGCUGAGAAGGUGAAGGGGCUAUUUGUUUACAGCUUCUCUGACAAGGAUGCAGAAAUUAGUGAUAAUUGUCUGGUAGCACUUUCAAAGGGCAAGAGAAAGUACUUCUUUGUAUGUAGCACAGAAGUAAAUGUGGAACGCAGUGUUGCUCACCUUGGCUGAGAGCCAGGGGUCUAAUGGGAACUUACAGGAAAUAAUGAUUUAAAAGUUCAUCAGUAUGCACAAACUAGCAGGCACACUUUCCAGGCACUUAUCACUGACCUUAUAUUUUUUCCUGUCCUAUAAGUUUUAUUUCUCCUUCUUAAGAAUGUACUUUAAAAUCGAGGGCUGGGACAUCUUGAUUUCUGAAUGAAAAGGGAAUACCUGGCAGCUGCUGGUGCUGUCAUGGAGAAAACUGCCAACAUGUACAUGCAGCUAACUGUAGAUGUGGAGAAAAUAGGUGUGUGUGUAUGUGUUUGUGCAUGUGUGAGGUCAAACGAGGCAGGAAGGAAAUGUGGCAGGUACUGGGGCACUGCCCAUCCAUCUGAGCUCAGCCUGACUGCUCUGGCCACCUGAAAUAACCUGCAGUGCUCUUCAACUUCAGGGUCAUGAUGUGGCCAGAGCUCUAGCCAGAGAAGGGAGUACUGAGGGAAGGCAGAGAUGCAGAAAUGGUGUCCCACUGAGGACAGGGUGGUCAGUCACACCAUGGUCAGAGCUCUCACUGCUGAAACCCCAUGGCUAAUGGCUGCCAGGAAUCCCACAGCUUGCUCCAAAAUCACUCAAUUCCAGCUGCACUGAAAAGCCACAGGCAAUGUAGCCCUACCAGUGCGGUUAAACAGCAGUGUUAUCCUGGCUGGACAGCCAGCACCAGGAGCUGAUGCUAUUAAAUACAGCUGUUGUAAGGCAAGCUCAUAAAACUGAAAAUAAAUCCAUGAAUCCUG